UUGGCCCUUCGCUGCAAAAGACAAGCUUCAGAGAACCGUUGCUUCCAAAACUUCGCUUAGUUGUCACUUUGAGGAUUGGUGCUUCUAUAAUACUAUUUAUAAAGUAAUCCAGGAAACCUGCGAAAAUAUUUGGCAAGCUUUAGCUCCGUUGUUUCUCAAAGCACCUACCGUAGAAAAAUGGAAUGAAAUAGCUGAACAUUUCUACAAUCGUUGGAAUCUGCCUAACUGUGUCGGUUCUAUCGAUGGAAAACAUAUCCGUAUACAGUGCCCUCCUCGUAGUGGUUCAGAGUUCUUUAAUUAUAAAAAAUAUUUUAGUUUGGUAUUGAUGGCGUGUUGUGAUGCUAAUUAUUGUUUCACAUGGGUGGAAAUUGGUGAUUAUGGCUCGCUCCCAGACAGCAGUAUUUUUGGAAAUUCAGCACUAGGAAGAGCCUUAGAAACGAGAUCUUUAAAUCUUCCUCCAUCUAAGGAAUUACCAGGUACAAGUUACAAGAUGCCUCAUUUCUUCGUAGGAGAUGAAGCAUUUCCAUUGAGAUCAGAUUUAAUGCGUCCUUAUUCAAAGAAAAGUAUCAAAAGUGAUACAGAAAGAAUAUUUAACUACAGAUUAUCCCGUGCUCGAAGGAUAAUUGAAAAUGCUUUUGGCAUUCUUUCAUCAAGAUGGAGAGUUCUUCAUACAUGCAUCAGAAUGAAAGUAGAAAGCGUAGAAAAAAUAGUGUUGGCUACAACAUGUCUCCACAAUUUUAUGAUGAUGAGAGAGGACCGCGAGGAUGAAAGAAAAUUGUAUUGUCCCACAACUUAUAUAGACAACGAGAAUGGAUCAAAUGGAAUAGUGACACAAGGAAUAUGGCGAGAUACAGCUCCAUGUUUAAAAUUGAACAAUAUUGGUCGAUUUGGCAGUAAUAAUGCUACAAGAACAGCUAUCACUCAAAGAACAACAUUGGCCGAAUGGAUGCUUACAGAUGAAGGACAAGUACCCUAGCAAUUUCAAAUAAUUCGUGGUUGUGAUAGAAACACAUGAGAAACACAUGUCGCGUGAUUGUGUUUAUAUUAGCUUACAUUGAGUGGCAUUCGCAUAUUACAUUUAUGCAUGCGACCGCUGAAAUAAUUUAUUUGGUAAUUAUUUAGAUUAGCAC